CAUUUAAAAUCAAGAUUCCAUCUUUUUCUCCUCUUUUAUAUAUUUGAAUUAUUUUAAUCAUAUGUUUAAGGUUCUGCUUAAUACCCUUAAGUAGGAAAUGUCUAUUCCAUCUAGCAUCAUGUGCCCUUUGAGCACUUUCUUGAUUUGGAAUGAUUAUAGUUGAUGUUGAGGUACCAUGUAAUAGGCCCUUGGACUCAUAGCAGGAGCUUUAAUGCAUCAGAAUACCAUUUAUUUUCUUAGUUUCAUGAAUGUGAAUAUGUAUGAUCAGCUUGUUAGGAUUUAUGAUAACACAAUUCUGGUGUAAAGUUAUUUUUUUUGAAAAGCUUAUUGUUAGCUAUCCAUGAAAUGUUACUAGUUGAUCAUAAACUUAUUCAAAUUUGUUUUCCCUUUUUAAAAUAGUCUAUUAACUCAUCUGAGAAUCAGCUAUCGUUGGGAUAACUUCAUACUCAAUAUGGUUGCGGCUGUAUAUCACCAAGCAAUUUGCUUCACUGCGAACAAGGGUGCUAGGGACUUCCUGGUCACAUCUUCAUCUGGGAGUCUUAAAAUGAAACCAGUGUUUAGAAAAGAGAGAUGCAGUUUGAGGCAGUAUGUGAACUGUGUGAAGUAUCCAUCAGAGUCAUCUUUAUGUGCCAUUAAGCCAAUUUUUUCCUCAUUGUCAAGUACCAAUGAUUCGCGGAGAACAGCUUUGUUCCCUGCAGCUGAAUCAUACUUGAUCUUAAUACGGCAUGGAGAAUCGAUGUGGAACGAAAAGAACCUGUUCACUGGUUGUGUAGAUGUGCCACUCACCAGUAAAGGAGUAGAAGAAGCAAUUGAAGCUGGUAAGAGAAUUAGACACUUACCUAUUGAUGUUGUCUACAUCUCUGCAUUGAUUCGUUCUCAGAUGACGGCCAUGCUUGCCCUAACAGAGCACCACUGCAAGAAGGUGCCCAUUAUUGUUCACGAUGAGACUGAACAAGCCAAAGUAUGGAGUCAAAUUUAUAGUGAAGGCACCGAGAUGCAGUCUGUUCCUGUUAUUAAAGCAUGGCAACUGAAUGAAAGAAUGUACGGGGAACUUCAAGGGUUUAAUAAGCUAGAAACAGCUGAAAGAUGCGGACAAGAGCAAGUCUAUAAAUGGCGCCGAAGCUAUGAUGCUCGACCACCCAACGGCGAGAGCUUGGAAAUGUGCUUGCGAAGAGCUGUUACCUAUUUCAAAGAGCAAAUUGAACCCCAACUUUCCAGUGGAAAGAAUGUAAUGGUAGUAGCUCAUGCAAAUUCAUUGAGGUCCAUCCUAAUGUAUCUCGAUAAAUUGACUGCAGAGGAGGUCAUCCACUUAGAACUCUCAACCGGAGUACCAAUGCUUUACAUAUAUAGAGAAAAUCAAUUCAUCAGGAGAGGAAGUCCCUUGGCAUCUAUGGAGAAUGGAGUUUAUGCUUAUACAGAAAAUUUGGCCACAUACAAGCAAAAUCUGUUAGAUGAAGUGCUAGAUGAAGUGUCUUUAUAACUUGCUCCGUAAAAGUAAAAACUAUCAUGCAAAGCUUAAAUAUCUUCAUUUCACUGGAAGUUCAUUGAGGUAUUUUGAGUCAUCAAUAAUCAUGAGAAACACCAGAGUGAAGAUCAAAGACAGUUUUUAUUGCUACACGCUGUAACAGUCAACAUAUGGUGUUUCUAAACUCAAAUUGAGUCCCUUGUUAUGGUUCAAGUGAAUACACCAGUGGAAAUCUGGCAACACAAUAUCUUGUGGAACAGGGGAUAUCAGAUCAAAUGCUGAUUCUACUUGGCUGUUUCCUGUUAUCAUCAUUCGAGGAACUAUGUCACUUCAUUUUAUAUUGUCCUCAAGCCAACGCUUCUUACAUUCACAUUAGAUAUUUGUUUUCUUUGGCGGGUUUAAGUUACAGAUUAGGUUGAGAGUGCACGAAAAAUGUUUGUUGGCAACGACAACUUUCAAAAUUUCCUUUUCUUGGUCCUGGAAGAUCAUUUCCAUAUCCUUAUUAAUGAUCUCCUUGUUUCUAUUUUGUCAUGAAUGUUGAUUUGGUUGUCUUUUUGAUCUGCUUCUAUAUCUUCUGUACAAUCCAAAUUCUCUAUCAUAGCAGCAGUACUUGGAGGCAGAUGUAUGUAAAAAGUUAGUACUGCACUUUCAAUCUCGUUGUCCAUACAUAUUGUUAUGCUCCUUAGUUCUUGUUCUUCAA